CAAACCUGUCUGACGGCCUCUGCAGCAUUCACGCUUUAGCAGUGCAUGUUCGUUUUGUUCACAGACUGAAAAUGUGUGAUCAGAAAAUGGUUUUCGCUGAUCCAAAUAAGGUUUACGCUGGCAAUCUCCCUUUUAAACUCACACAAGAUGAACUUAAAGCAGUGUUCGAAGCGGAAUCUCUUACCGUGACCGACGUUGUUAUUAUGAAAGAACCAAGGAACGAGUUCUAUCAGCAGCAAGAACCAAGGAGCAGAGGAUUUGGUUUUGUUACCUUUGCAAACCCAGAAGAUGCACAAACAGCAGUGAAUUCACUCAAUGGCAAGGAAGUGCAGGGCCGAACUCUGAAAAUUGCCCCCUCAAUAUCAAGAGGUCGUGAUGGCGGUGGAGGUGGUUAUAGGGGUGGUUAUAGGGGUGGUUAUAGGGGCGGCUAUAGGGGCGGCAGGGAUCGUGGUGGAGGAUAUGGCGGUGGGGGUGAAGGUGGAUAUGGUAUGGGUGGUGGUGACUACAGUGGUGGCUGUGGGUAUGGUAGCAGUUAUGGCGGUGGUGGGGACUAUGGUGGCGGUCCAGGGUACGGCGGAGGUCAGGGCUAUGGCAGUUACAGUGGAGGCGGUGGAGGUAACUACGACUAUCAAGGCUGGUGAGCAUCUACCUUGCCUGAGUGAUCACUAUAAAUAUGUAAGGUUUAUGGGUUAUCUGCUUGGUGGUCUGAACCAUAGCCUGUUCAAUAGUACUCGAUUCCUGUUACAAGUUCUGUCCUAAAGAAAUCACUUGCUGUGUGCUGUAUACCCAAAUGUCUGUGUUUGAAACAAGUCAAGUUACCCUUCUGACCGGCGGCUGAUUGCCUGAUGUCUGCUAAAAUAUCUCUUAUCGAAGCGGAGACUGAUGGAAUGUACCAUGUCUAACCCCCAUUGGGAGAUAGCCCUAAACAAAUCUGCCUAUGGAAUGAUGAUAAAGUUUGCUUAACGGUUACCAAAACAUAAAGAGAUCCUUCUCUUCACCCAUUUUCUGUCAGAUGUCAAACUAAACCCUUACCCCGUUGCUAUAGUAACCCAAGGAGGGGCAUUGUUAAUGUUAUUAUUUAUAGUUUUUAUAUGAUAAAGUGAUUAAACGUUAAAAGUUAUCUGAGCUAAA